AACAAAUUGAUCAAACAUCGAAAUUUACAUUUUGCAUUUCAAUGACAUGCUUUGUUUUUGUUGAGCACAAUAUUUUUUAUACGCUUCAUCGAGCUCAGAUCGCCAUGUUUUGCUGCUGCAUCUAAAUUAAACGCGUUCUUUGGUUGUGUAUUUAUUGAGAAUACACUCAAGCAUUAGUAUGCAAAUCGUUUCAGAAGAAGGAUCGUUCAAGAACGCAGAUGGAAAGAAAAUUUUUACCAAAUAUUGGAAACCAAGCGACAAGAAACCCAGGUGAGCAUUAUCAGUAGUUUAUUUCUUGAAGUUCAAAUCACGCUCUUCAAAAAUGACGGCUAACACAGCUGAAUUAGCGCAAAAUCGACCUUUACAAUUCUUUUUGUCGCCAAAAGAAGUGUAUUUUGCUUUGCUGCAUUCAAAAGUGCAUCGACCUGGCUAAAUGAUUAAUCAAGUUAUUUUUAUUAUAAGCAUUAUAAUAGAAAGGUUUAUGCUAAUGAAGAGUCAGAGCGAUGGAAUGAAAUCAAACGAGCAAAGUAAAGUCAACUUGAAAAAGUCAUUUAAACGAGUGAAAAUUAAAAAAGCACAUUUAAACAAUUGAAAAUCGCCCGUCGCAAACUGAUGGGCAGCUCAAUUUUUUCUUAUCUCGCCUUAACUUGCAUCAGCUCGAACAAUCUCGCAGCGAGUUAAGGUUCCAGAGUAGGCCGUUGACUUUGUGCUGGAGUGUUAAGCCGGGCCCUGGUUUCCAUAUGAUCUGAGGAUCGGUACAAUCGUUGAAAAAAAUUCAGCGAACUGAAUGAUAGCAUCUAUCUAUUAUUACUUUCAAUAGCGAAAUCAGUUAGUCGGUAGGUGGUGAGCAAAAAUAUGGUCAUCCGAAGAAUACGAAAAUUGAAGAAAAUAAACUAAACCUUCGUAUUAAAAGAAAUUUUAAUUGUAAUACAUCAUGCAGUUAAUUAAUCAUUUGCUGUGCUCGGAAGGAUUCUUAAUGAUUCAUAGCACAAAAACUGAAAGUCUCUUGAUCAUCGGAUAACACAAAUAACAACAGAUUUUCGUGGUUAUUUCCUCGAUAGAGCAUUGGUCUUUAUCUCCCAUGGAUAUGGAGAGCAUUGUUCACGAUACGAGAGGCUUGGACAUGCUUUAGCUGAACAAGGCUACCUCGCCUUCAGUCAAGAUCACGGUAUGUCCCACCCCAGCCGCGUUUAAUCUUUUCCGUGAUCCAGUAACUGCAUCUAAUCAUACUUUCUCGGGAAGAGUCGGGGGGGUGGGGGUGAGGGUGAUAAACGUGUAUUGCAGAACCUUGUGAGCUCGGGGAGGUGGCCCUUUAAAAUGUUAGGGAUUGGAGGGAGGGAUAAAGAUAGAGUAGAAAACUGGACCAUUAUUUUUGGAAUUCAAUUUAUGAUGUUAUGGGCACCUGGCGAAUACAAAGAAAGACAGGAAAUAGUGUGAUAUAACCCUUCAAGAGCUAAUUUUUGACAAUAAAUCUUUCUGUUAGUUGGUCAUGGUUAGAGUGAAGGAGAAAGAGUUCAAAUAUCAGAUUUUUCCAUUUACGUCAGAGAUGUUUUUAAACACAUUGACCAAGUCACAGCAGACAACAACACAGGCAUACCAAUAUUUAUGUUUGGCCACUCAAUGGUAUGUAAUGUUAUAAAAACGUUAUUGGAACUCUGUCCCUUUUUUUCGUUUUUGUUUGUUUGUUUGUUUGUUUGUUUGUUUUUUGUUUUGUAUUUGUUUUUAGGUUCUCGGGUCCCCUAACCGAGUCGAUCACAGGAGUACAAGUAUAUGUUAAUUACGAUAAAGACCCCAAGCCCAUCAUGCUUUGCGGUUGUUUCGUAAUGUUGCGCUCUUGCCGGUUUGUUUUGGUAACAUAGAUAGCCUGUGAAUUUCAGGUUUUCUUCUUAUUAAUUCUUUUCAAGUCUGGCUUCAAUGCACUCAAAUCACAUAUUACGAAAACACAAAUACAGUCGAACCUCCAUAUGCGAUCACCUCUCGUAAAAGACCACCAUCCGUAAGCGACCGCGUUAGCGUGGGGCUCAGUAGCGGUUUAAAGACUUCCCAUUGUUUUUAACCUCUUAAAAAGCGACCACUUAACGGUUUGUCUGAUCCCUUUUGUUCGCUGUGUUUAAUCAAUGCUACUCAGAGUAUACGAAGAAAAGUACCAACAUGGAACUGAGAAAGAAAUCGGUGCAAUCUAUUUUAUCUGCUUUAAAGUAUAUGUGCCCGGAAAUCUAAUCCAAGAAAGUGUCGUAAGCGACCAACCUCCUGUAAAUGGCCCCAAAGUCUCAACCUUUACAGUGGUUUGCUUGCGGAAGGUUUGACUGUACCCGUGAAAAGUUCAUGUUAUGAUAUUAUUAAUAUUAUGCAUUAUUCUUUAAAGGGUGGUACAAUAGCUGUUCUUAGUGUUAUUUAGAGACCUUAUUUCUUUGCGGGUGCAAUUUUUAGUGCACCAAGCAUAAAAGUGGAAGCCAAUCCUUGCACGGUAAAUUAUUGUUCCACUUGCUACAAAUAGUAAACGAAAACACAAUGCAAAGACUGUUUCUCUUUUCUUAGGGUACCGUCAAUGCAAAAACAGGAUACAACAAACCCAAAACAGAAAAACACUACCAGAAAACAGAAAUACAAAUCCCAAAACAGAAAAACACUACGUACCUGAGAAAACAGAAACAUAAACAUCCCAAAGCGGAAACACAUACAAAACAAAAAUACAAAAUUGAACCACAAAACUGAAAGAGAAUUUAAAAAUACAAACUAUGAUCAAAAACCCCAAAACAGAAACAAGGAAAUAAUGUAAAACAAUAGUUUCUCAUGAUUCAUCGUCUUUUAAUUAUCUUAACGCGCGAUCCAGCGUUUUUUUUUUUAGGGAGGGCAUGAUCACAGGCUAUAAUAGACCAUUCCGAGUUCCAAAAACUCUCACUUUAAAACUGAGGCUGAAAGUAAGGUAAAACGGGCAACAAAUAGCUGCAGAACGAGUCCGAAAGUGAUGUUGCGCGUUUUAUUACCCGCAAAUCAAACCUGUCUUGUAGCAAAUAAGAUUCAGUGUUGCAAGUUGCGGGAAUACUGACUCCUGAUUGGAUAAAAUUACGCGGGAGUCACGCCAUACACAGGAGUUACAAAGUUCUAGUGGUGGAGGGAAGGGAAUAUGAUGAUUAUUUUAAUAGGAGAUUAUUUUAUCACGAGUCAAGUUUUAAAACCUUGUCUUCUAGGGGGAGGUGCGAAAUUAAUACAGUAGUGAUUGUUCCAUAUCAUAAAAACGCAAAAAAAAAACAAACAAAACGAACUUGGCCAAUAUUCAGCUAUCUGGACCUCACGCUUGGUUAAAAGAGACCUUUAGAUUCGAGGACGAGAACUACUAGGAGUACGACUUUCGCUCUUCUUAAAAAGAAAAAUAGACACCCGGAAAGCUCCAUUGUACUUUUGAUUCACCAGAAGAGUUAGCACUGUUACUUAUUCAGGGAGUUUAAGCCCUCUCCCAACCGAAAAUUAUAAAACUUAGCUUGUAACAUUUGAUAACUUGUUUUCGUCACAACGACAUUCUCGGCAAAACUCGUAGUAGAAUGACGACGGCUAUCACGUUUUCCCGCCAAAAUGACGCUGGUUCAUGCGCGCGCACUGCUUAGCAUUAAGAAAAUCUCGUAUUUGUAGUCGUCCUCGUCUUAAAAACUAAAGGUCUCAAAUAACGUAUAUAACGCAUGUAUCUUAUAGGUUUGUAUAGGAAGAAUAGUGUCAUGGAUAAUGCCCUCGUACCAGAUCAGGCCACCGAUUGAUCCUUCACUCUUAAGCCAGGAUCCUACACAG